AAGGUCUGUGCCAGCCUGGCACUGUAUCUGCAUCGUGACAAAUUGUAGGUUGCAGUUAUCUUCUAGCUCUGUAAACUAGAUAGAAGAUCACAAGCAUGAUGCAUUAAGGAAUAUAUUGGAUUCCUUCCUCUUAUAUAUAAAUCCUUUGCAGAAUAGGGAUUUUUCGUUCUGCAGUGGUGCUGCUAACUGCAUUAAACAAGGAUCCUGGAGUAUUCUUUUUACAACAUGACUUAGAUAAACUGCAGCAGAUUGUUGGGAAUUUAUGUGAAGGGACAGUAUUUUUUUUUUGUAAACAAGUGGCAUCCAGUUUUCUAUUUGAAUAAACAAAUCAAGAUAAAUAUCUAGCACAAGCCUUUGUGGAUCUCAGUUGACAAGUGUGAGGAAGGGUGGUGUGAGUUGUAUUGGAGGCAGGGUUUGGUAGCAGGGUGUAGAGCAUGGCAUGGCCGUGUAUCACUAGGGCUUGCUGCAUUGCCCGUUUCUGGAAUCAGCUGGACAAGGGUGACAUUGCAGUGCCUUUGGUAUUUACCAAGUACUCAGAGGUUACUGAUGGGGGUCCGCAGUAUGCCUAUCUGCUGCAACCACAAGCACGUCCCAGCUCUGCCAACCUUGAGAGGCAACCAUCUGCAAUAGAAGAGCAUGGAGGCCACACCAAAGACUUGCCCCAACAGUCUGGGGCUGUGAGUGAUAAAGACCAUUCUGGCUCUGUCAUGCAGCAGGACUAUAGGGCCUGGCACAUAAAGCCAGAGGCCAGCUGCAAGCCUAAGAGUGAGUACCACCCAUCAGAAACACCCUUCCAAAGGGAAACUCAGUAUCAGAAGGACUACAAACCUUGGCCCAUUCCAAAGCGUGGAGACCACCCAUGGAUAACUAAACCUGCUGCAGGCCUCGCUGCCCCUACAGCCUCCAGCGAGGCCAAGAGAAAGAGGGCACCUACACCCAAACCUGAUACUACACCCAAACCUGAUAAAAGACACGAUGAGCCCCCCAAAGCAGACACCAUAGAACAAGUCAAGGCACCCGUGUUAUCUGAAGUGCUGCAUACUGCUGGGGACAGCCAGGAAAAGAAAGGGAGACCUGCAGCUGGACUUUCCUCCACAGAGGGUUUGAGGGGCAGGGAUGCUGCAGAUAUUUUCAACAGGCAUAUCAAAGAAGAAGGACUUGGGACCUCAUAUAGAAAUGAGUUCAAGCCCUGGACUGAUAUAAAACCAGUGAAGCCCAUUAAGGCUAAGUCCCAGUAUAAGCCCCCAGAGGACAAAGUUUCUCAUGAGACCAGUUAUAAGGCUACGUAUAAGGGUGAAAUCAACCUACCCACUGCAGGUGACAACAAGCUGACCGAACGUAGAAGAAUACGCAGUCUGUACAGUGAACCUCACAAAGAGUCCUCAAAGGUGGAAAAGCCUAGUGUUCAGACUUCCAAACCAAAAAAGAUAACCGCAAGCCAUAAACCAUUGAAAAAGGCCAAAGACAAGACCACCGUUCCUGGCCGGGUUUCAAAGAAGAAGGGUCCUGAGACAACAACCCCGACCGCGAGUACAAAACCAGAGGACAAAGAAAAGAGCAAAGAGAUGAACAAUAAACUGGCUGAAGCAAAAGAGUAAUUUAAUAGCACUUACACUGUUUAUUUUAUAUUCUGAAGGCCACAAAAUGCAUUAGAGACUUUGAUCUGCUUUGAUUGUGAUCUAGAGUAUAUAUCUUUUUUCUCUCAGAGUAGACAUCAUAACUUAGAUAUCUACACAGGUUUCCCCGAAUAUAUCUCACAUAUAAAUUAUUUCAUGCUUCAGUGCUAUAUAUAUAUAUAUGUAUAUUUAUUUGUGUUUAGUGUUAUUUGUUUGGUCAGAAAAUAAAUAUCUGAAAUCCAGAA